GUUCUGUCUGAUACAAAAGUCAGGUGUAUUGGGUGGUGGGAAAUAUUCCGAAUAAACGUUUGGACGUCGCUGCAACUCGGAUUACGUAUAUUUAGUCGUUUGGUGCCGAUGUCGCGUCGAUCACAGGGCAAACGGUCAUGGGAUGUGCGCGCAUCAGUGUUAGCCCGUAACACCCAUAAUUUGAUAAGAAGUAUUGUUGAAAACCUCCAGGUGGAACCAAAUCCUAACAAACCCUUAAUUGCACUUUCCGUAGGUGAUCCAACGGUGUUUGGUAAUUUGAAUCCCCCAGAGCAAGUCCUCCAAGCAGUUCGAGAGAGCAUAGAAUGGUCUUCAAGUCGAGGUUACGGCUCAAUGGUGGGUCAUCAGGAGGCUAGGCAGGCGGUGGCGAAGUACAGUGCUCAUCAGGGCCCAGUCACUGGUGACGACGUGAUACUAUGUAGUGGAUGCUCCCAUGCCAUUGAGUUGGCCGUCACUGUACUUGCGGACUCUGGACAAAAUAUUCUCGUGCCUCGGCCUGGGUUUAUGAUAUACAAAACAGUAGCCGAAGGUUUAGGGAUAGAGAUAAAACAUUACGAUCUUUUACCAAAUCAGCAAUGGAAAGUUGAUUUGGAAGACCUAGAGAAUCAAAUAGAUGACGACACAGCUGCGAUAGUUGUAAUCAAUCCGUCUAAUCCAUGUGGAUCCGUUUACACAAAAGAGCAUUUGAACGAAAUUCUCGAAAUAGCUUCAAGAAAUUGUGUCCCGAUUAUUGCCGAUGAGAUUUACGAGCACUUCGUCUUUACCGGUCAUGAGUUCACAGCCAUGUCAUCUUUAUCCCAAGAUGUACCCGUACUCACAUGCGGUGGACUGACAAAACGAUUCCUAGUACCAGGUUGGAGAAUGGGAUGGUUAAUAAUACACGAUCGACAGAAUAUAUUAAGGAAAGAAGUGCGCAAGGGCUUAUUUAAUUUAGCAAGUAAAAUACUAGGACCCAGUACUUUGAUACAAAGAGCUCUGCCGACGAUACUUGAAUCAACACCACAAAGUUUCUUCGAUGAAGUUGUUUUGUUUAUCGAGAACCAAGCCAAAUUGGCUUAUGAGGAAUUACGUCAAGUUCCAGGCUUAAAGCCGAUCAUGCCACAGGGAGCCAUGUAUAUGAUGAUCGAAAUCAAGAUGUCACAGUUUCCAGAGUUCAAAAGUGAACUUCAAUUCGUCGAAUGUAUGGUCUCAGAGCAGUCUGUAUUUUGUUUGCCUGGAGAGUGUUUCUGCUACCCAAAUUACAUGCGGAUCGUAUUAACAGUUCCCGAGGACAUAUUGAGAGAAGCCUGCCAGAGGAUAGCCGUAUUUUGUCAAGAUCAUAUUAAAUCCAGGGAUAAAAUAAAUGAAAUUGAUAGCAACGAUGUUCUACUCUCCAAUGAAACUAUAUAAGGUCAUUAUUUUGAGAUUCUUGUGAUUAAAGUAUUCAACCAUCUAA